AUGCUUGGUUUUGGCCUGCAUGAUUGUGGCCGCCUGGCCGGUCCAAUCACAGCGAACGCUUUGACUUGUGGCGACGUUUUCACCAGCUUGACACCGUGCGUUACGUACUUGCGCAUCGGUGGUUCCAUACCCACAACGUGCUGCUUCGGCCUUAGAAGCCUUAAAAACGCGGCCCGUACGACCCCGGACCGUCAGACAGCUUGCAAAUGCCUUAAACAAGCCGCUAACUCCUUUGGCAGUGUUAGCCGUAGCAAUGUUGUAGAUUAUGUUCUGUAUCCUAUGUAA